CAUGUUUCGGUCUUUUUAUCGCGUUUCUAUCGUUUCUCUUUCGGUGAUGGUUCACACUUCAUCCGUCGUCAUAAUAAUUUAGCUGCUAGCUGUUUGCAACAUAUUGUUAUUUCAGAUUUGUUGACUGUGGUAGGAAAUCUUAAUUUCUAAUUAGAAAUAGCAUAUUGUGAAUGAGGAAAACGUGACUUCGUAACGGGUUUCAGUGCUUCUAACGGACUUGGCUACUUCAAUGGGAGAAACCGAACUUCUGGACUGAAUAAAUGACACCGACUUGAUCAUGUCGGUUCACUACAAAUUUAAAUCGGCCAUUUCAUAUGAUACUAUUACUUUUGAUGGUCUGCACAUAUCUGUUAAAGACCUAAAGAAAGCGAUACUUCAUCAAAAACAAAUUGGGAAAAACACAGAUUUUGAUUUGCAAGUUACUAAUGCGCAAACCAAUGAAGAAUUGACUGAUGAGCAGACUUUAAUUCCAAAAAAUACAUCAUUGAUUGUUUCAAGAAUACCACUUACAACGCAACAAAAAAAAGCAUGGGAAAGAGCAGAGCAGAACAAUCAGCUUGUUCUUUCUAAACAGAUAUCAAACUUGGAUUCUCAUGAACCAGAUGUAGUUAAACUCAAGGGAGCUGAUUUACUUGGAUCAAAUGCUAGUGAAGAAGAUAAAAUUAAUGCUAUGAUGGCACAAUCUACUCUUGAAUAUGAUCCUUCAAAUUUUGUAAAAAUUCGAGGAGGCAAUCAGUAUGGUGAAGUGCCGCCAAAUUAUGUUUGCCACAGGUGCCACAAUCCUGGUCAUUGGAUAAAGAACUGUCCUAACAAUAAUAUUGCUUCAGAUCCUAUUGACAUAAAAAAAGCUACAGGUAUUCCAAGAGGCUUUUUAGUGCCAGUUGAUGGCCCAUCAGUACCCGGAGCAAUGUUAACUGGUAUGGGAACCUUUGCAGUUCCUAGCAUUGACCAGGAAGCAUAUAAAGAGAGUAUGAAGCCACAUCAUAAAAAACAAAAAGCCGAAGUGGAAAAAGUAGUAAUACCAGAAGAUUUACUAUGUAGUUUAUGUUCUGAUUUACUCACUGAUGCUGAUAUGAUGCCAUGUUGUGGAACGUCAUUUUGUGAUGAAUGCAUUCGUAAUGCACUUAUGGAAUCUGAAGAAAAUGAAUGUCCAGAUUGCCACGGCAAAGAAAUAUCACCGGAAACAUUAAUACCAAAUAGAUACUUGCGGAAUGCUGUUAAUAGUUUUAAAGACAAGACUGGUUAUAGUAAUAAGCGUAUAGAAUCUAUCCUAGAAAAAGUUGCACCUAAUAAAGUUCCAGCGCCUGUAGUUCAGGUUGAACAACCUAAAGAAGAAGUGACCAUUCCAGCUAGUAUUCAAUUGCCUACGUCAUCUGACUCUUUAGUUGAAGGAAGCAAAAAUGAAAUUUAUCAAAAAAUUGCUGCUGUUGGUGACCCUGUUGAUAAAAAUCAGCAUAAAAACUACUCAGAAAUUGGGACAAUACAUAAUUCACACAAUCAUACUUUCAAAGCCCAAGGUCAAUCCCAAGUGCAGUCUCAAGCCCCACCAUUAUCUGCAAGCACUAAUAAUCGACCGAAUAAUACAAAUAUUCAUAUACCUAUGAAUAAUGCAUACCAAAAUGUUCGCCACCCUAUACCGAAGUCAGCAGAAUCUCGAAUGACUCAUUUAGCACGAUUCAAUUCCCAGUCCAUGUCUAUCCCUCCACAUCCUCAUUUACGCCCUUGUUUGUCCGUAGGACCUGCUGAUAUAACUGUUCCACCGCCUUCUUACGGCCACCAAACUAAUAUUCAAACCGAUGUUGGUUACAAUCAAAUGCAACCUGUACAUAAUCCUCCACCUCCUGGACUAGACCGAAAUAGCAGCCCUGCCAAUGUGUCGUCCGAUGAAGGAAUGCUUCCUCCAGAAUCAUCUCAUCAUCAAAUGGACAAAUUCAAAAACCCAAGUGGGUCGCUUCCGUCUUUGAUGAGAACAGACUACUCUGGUGUUUAUUAUCCUCCUCCACCAAUGGCUGGAUAUGAACAAUACCCUAUGUCUGUAGACAUAAGAAGUCGAGGUGGUUACCAUCGAGGGAGUUAUAGAAGACCUCGCGGUCAACAUAUUGGUUCCAAUUAUCGUCCUGAAUAUCGUAAUGGUAGUCCCUAUAUGGGAGGAAAGAGAACUAUAGAUGAUCCAUUAGCAAUGUUUCAGCGAAUAUUGCGUGAGCGUGAUAGUAAAAGACGCGAUUUAAGAGGUCGGCAUUCUUUAUCGCGGUCUAGGUCUCGUUCUUUAUCCAGAUCUCCAUUAUCUAGGUCUAGAGAACGUUCCCGUAGUCUGAGUCGCUCACCACCCCGUAUUAUGAAACGUAGAACUCGUUCAAUAUCAAGAUCACCACCUCCGCGUAACCGAUCAAUCAGUCCUAGGCGGCGAAGUCGUACACGUUCUCGAAGCCCGAUGCGUAAGCGUAAGAAGAGUUUAACGCCUUUAAAAAGAGCCCCAGGAAAAUCUAGACGAAGAUCUCGUAGUCCAAGUCGUGAUCCACCUGGUCGCAGGUCAAGAUCGUUAUCUAUACAUAGAAGGUCUCGUACAAGAUCUAGAUCUCCUGUUCAUAGAAAUAGAAUGUCACCUUCACCACGUUUUAAAUCAAGAUCACCAUCAUUUUAUACUUCACCAACAAAGUAUAGCAAUUAUCCUAGAGAAGAGGAGAAUUAUGGGACUAAAGGAAGUAAUUGGCGUGGACGAGGUGUUGCUUGGAAUAGAGGAAACCCACCUUACCAUCAAACACACAGGUAUCAAAGACAGUUUGAAGAACAUCCCGGGCAUUAUGACGUGGCUCUCGAUCAGCCUCCCGAGUACGCCGCCAGUUAUUCCCAGUUUGAUCCUCACUAUGCUAUGGAUCCUAAUCUGGUGCGCGACUGGGACGAGAUUCGCGACAAAGAAAUCCGGGAACGCGAAAAAGAGAAAAAAGAAGAGGAAGACAAAAAUAAUAAAUCCAAAAGCCGAACUCCCGUUAAACAUCAAAAGGUCGAGAAACAAAGAACGGAGACCAAGGCGUCUCCCGAGAAAAACCACAAGGAUUCGGAUAAAAAGGACAAAGGUAAGAGAAAAAAGAAAAAGGACGCCGACGUGGAUAAGAAAAAGAAAAAGAAAAGCCGCGAGAAAAAAGAAAAAGAAGACGGUAAGAAAGACGACGACAAAGAACAAAAAGAAGAGGACGAAGAGACCGAAGGGGAGGCGAAACCUAAAGUGGACGAUUCAGAACAGGAGAACCGGGAACCAGCCGCCCCGGGAACGUCUGAAUCGCCUCCUCCUUUCGUGCACGCAACUCAGGAACCGAAAAAAUGCGAAGAAAAAGAGACCGAUGAACUUUACGGAGAUUUGGCCGAGGGAGCUCCGGUGGAUACCAGCUGGGGUAGUUACGCGCAGAGCCUAGACGAGCAUACCUUGACUCCUCCCAAGAUUUCGAAACCUAAUGACGACAAGCCCAAAGAACCGGAAGUGUUGGCCGAAUUGCCCGAGCGUUCCAAAUGGGAAGAGGAAGAUGACACGAGUACGGCAGAAGAAAAAUUGAUUGACGAUAAAAUCAAAGAAGAAAGCGACGCGAAGAAAACCGAAACGGCAGUCGACGUUAAACAUUGCUCCGUGACCAACGAAGUUCUUAAACGGGCGGAAAACGCUAUUUUCCAAAAAGUCGUUAGGACUAUAGACGGUAAGAAAACUACUACGGCUGACAAGUCUGACGCCAUCAAAGAAAAGAAGUCCGAACUCACUAAGGAGAAAAGGUCGGAUCUCGAAAAGCAUACGGUUAAAGAUAAGAAAACGGAAAACGCCAGUAAAGAGAAGAAACCAGAUGUUUCCAAAGAGAAAAAAAUUAACAAUUCUAAAGAAAAGAAAGCGGACGUUUCCAAGGAGAAGAAAUCGGAAAAAAAACAGGAUAAUGGAAGAGACAAAAAGACUGAUGUCGCCAAGGACAAAAAAUCAGAAAUUAUUGAGAGAAAAAUGGACGUUUUAACAAAGGACAAGAAAUCGGACAGAGAUCGCAAGUCUGACGAUAGGUCAGACAUUAAGAUAUCUACAUCGUCCAGAAGGGAUACGUCAAAACACAGGGACAAGAAAGAAGCGGUUGACAGCCUUGGAGAUUCGCUGACCAUCCAGAGAGAAGCGCGAAAGGCCGGCAAUUCUAUACAGAUUACCAUACCGACCGAUUCCGUGGAUGACAAAAAAGCCAAGGAGAUGGUCACCACUAAACGCAUAUCGGCCAAGGACAGGUUGGGCGAGAAAAUAGAAGAUAAAGACGACAAGCGGUACAAGUCCAGGCAUACGAAACGGAAAGCCUCUAGGUCUCCCAUUCGCGUACAUUCUACGUUGAUCGUGCCUGAACCAUUGCCGAGAAAGAUCAGGGCGAUUUCGAAAAGCCGACAAGACGUCAAGAAAGACCGAAGUGAUCAGAGCGCCAACCAACGCCUUUCCAGGUACGAAGACGAUAAAAAACCGGCGCAAAACGACCGGAAGAAGGACGAAGGUCGAAGGAUCGUGACCCGGGUGGACGACAAACACCACAGGUCGACCACGGCGGAGCCUAAGAAAAGCGUUGCGACGUCCAAGAAAGACGAUCGGCUGGACAGGGCGAGAGAAGAAAAGCGGACGGUCAAGGAAGACAAACGGGAAGUGACGGUCAAGAAAAAGGCGAAAUCGGUCGAGAGAGAAAAACAACCGGAAAAGAAGGAGCGCAAGAACCGGCGGCUGGAGUCGGAUCGUAACGAGACGGAACAGGACGACGACGAGGAGGAAGUGCCCAAGAAAGUAGUUAAGGACAAGGACUCGGACGAGUCGAACGACUCGACGUCGAGCAGUUCAAGUAGUUCGUCCGAUUCGUCACCGGUGAGGACGAAAAAGAGAAAGAAGAAUAAAAAACAAAAAAAGAAGAAACACGCGAAGAAGAAGAAGGCCGUGGUUAGCAGUUCGGAUUCAGAUUAUUCGGAUUCGUCCUCCGAGUCCGAAGACGAUAGCACUAAACACAAGAAGAAGAAAAAGAAAGAACACCGCAGCAAACACAAGGCGCAUAAAAAAACUAUAAAGAAAAAGAAAAAGUCCAAACACAAGUAGGGCGACUGAUCUAAACAAACUGUCGUGACCAAUACGCUAUAUGCCAGUAUUGUAUGUCAUUAACCUAUCCGACCGUUAUUCUUGUAUGUUCUAUGAAGUUUGACUUUUUUACAUUAUUUGUUUUGCUCAGUAUGUAAUAACGUUUUAAUUUUGCGUUUUUCCUGGAUAAACUGUUAUUGUUAGGACGUUUCUCUAUGUUUAAGUUAGUACAUCACUGGCGUUUUUUUUUUAAAAAAUGAUACCAUAAUUUUUUUUUUUUUGUAAAUAUCGAACAGUAACAA